AGAUUGAGGCAGGUGAGAGUGGACACGAGACACUCAGGAGUAGCGCAGCAGGCACAGGCAGCCCACCUGCGUUCAGCUCCACUUUUAACAGACUCCUGAGAGGAGAACACUACAUUAUCAAGAGGAUUGCUGACAGCUCCAGUACUGAUAAUGCAUUUGUGUCCUUAGGGAGGCGAAGUGAUGAGAAGAUAAAAGAGGGAACACUGGAACAGGGAGAAAACUAGAGCUCAAGUUAUCAGAACAGUGAAUCCACAAGAGGAAGAAAGUGGAAGACCAUAUUCCUGGGAAAUGGAGCCGAGCCAUGUGUUGUGGCACACCCAGGUGGUCCCGCUAGAAACAGACCUGGAUAGGGUGAGCUCUCAUCCCGAGUGCUCCAUCUGCUUCAACACCUACGACAACGUCUUCAAAACGCCAAAACAGUUGGACUGCACUCACACCUUCUGCCUCGAGUGCCUCUCCCGCAUUAUGACCACCUCCAUGGACCCCCAACACUCUAAAAUCUCCUGCCCCUUCUGUCGCCAGCCCACUACCAUCCCAAAAAGGGGGCCUCCGGCUUUGACCACCAGCCAGGAGGUGCUGUGUCGCCUGCCCGUCCACCAGCAGCAAGAAGAGCCUGUGUGGCUGGAUGGGGAGAGACUGUGCUACCAACAGCCAAUAGAUGUUCCAGGCGUGCCAGCAUUCUGCAUCUGUGUCGAUAUUGGGGCCAGUGGACAAAGCGCCAUAUCUUCUUCCCAAACUCGACCGCGACUUGGGCUUCUGGAACGGCUGAUGGAUUGGAAGCGUUUGCUUCUCUUUAUAUUCCUCAUGAUGCUGCUGCUGGGGAUCGUUCUGUGGCCCCUGCAGUGCAUCGUCACGACGGGCUCCAUGCGUUGUGCACCCCAGAACUUCCAGAUAUCUACUACCACACCUUCUUCUACUACAGUCAAUGUAUAGGUCAGACAGACACGUCUAGAUGGAUAUUGGACUUGCUAAAUCAAGAUGACUGGUGUCAGUUUACAUCCAUACCUUUGUGCAAAGUCUGCUGGGUGCUAAAGGACUAAAGGCAAGCAUGCAGCUGGACUGUGGUAAAGACUGAAGAACUGUUAUUGGGAUCAUGUGAAGGAGCGUGACAAAACUGAUCGAUGAUCAAAAUUGAUUUAACAAAUCUUUACAAAACAAAAGCAAAACCGAUACAAAGUGCAGUCACAUUAGGGAAGUUCUGGUGCAGAUUUGCAGUCUGUAGUGUAAUGAUGUAAUUGAAAGUAACUUGUAAAUUGUCCUAUUGAAAUGACUGGACUUUGCCCAUGAGAAACAGUAAAUGUUUCCGCAACUCAAUCCAAUUUACUUGUACAUUUAUGUAUAUAUUUUAUCUGAUUGUAUUACAUUUCAUGAAGAGUAUCCUGUUUACAAAAAAAUAAAUCUUUGUUGCUGUGAACCGCAUGAGGAAGUUCAA